CUUGUUCUUGUUCUUGUUCUUGUUCUUCUUGUUCUUGUUCUUGUUCUUGUUCUUGUACUUCUUCUUGUUCUUGUUCUUGUUCUUCUUGUUCUUGUUCUUGUUCUUGUUCUUGUUCUUGUUCUUGUUCUUGUUCUUGUUCUUGUUCUUGUUCUUGUUCCUGUUCCUGUUCUUGUUCUUGUUCUUGUUCUUCUUCUUCUCCUCCUCCUUCUUAUGGAACUUGAAUAACUUGUUACAAAACCUCAUGACCUUAUCUUAAUGAGAUUUCCUCGCAUUUUAUUCAUGAGAUAAAGACAAAAGGCUAUAUAUGAUGCCAUCAGCGUUAAUGUUUUCGAUAAUGAGAUUUCAUUUCUAAAAAAACUGAAUCUCUUAAUUUCAUCCCUACUAAAUUUCUAUCAGUUCUUUGUUGGUGUAAACUCAGAAUAAGCAACAUUAGCAUGCAAAGGAAAGAUAUUAAAAGCGCAUCGACGUUUAAAGCCAGCACUUUCUGAGCUUUCAACAUAUUAUCAUAAAUAAAAUUGCCUCUCUGAUACUGGUAAAAAACCACAUCCUACAGGUUACCCUUCCCAGACCCCCGCGCGGUUAUGCGAUUGCCUAGUCCCCAAGCUCAUUAGUACGCGGGGCAAAUGUAAACGAAACGCAUAGCAAGAAGGCCUGGGACGUAAGCAAUUCAAGUUCUGUUGUACACGUAUUUGUUGUGUAUAAGAUGUGGCAAGAUAGUUGUUUUAUUAAACUACUGUGGGUAUUGACUACACAUUAACAUUUUGCAUUUUGCCAAACAGGACACAAAAGAAAAUUUGUAGGAUGUGUCAGAGGGCAUUCGUUUUUGUUUACGAAAAAAUGUUUCCUUUUGGCGUGAAGGCAAAUCCACACGACCACAUUUAAAUGUUUUGAAAAAAAGUUUUACCAUCGUACUAUGUAAUAUACCCGAAAAUCCUAGCUUUAUUAUGAUAGGGGUACAAGAUAAAAGCAAAUGGAAGCUGGCAGCCAAAAGAUACAGUAAAAUUCCGAAAAUAAGCCCCUCCACGUAUAGAUGGUUUUCACUAUGACGUCAUCAAAUCGUAAAGUCAAAAUAGCGAGGUUUUACGAGUUCUUAUUUACACUAGGUUGAAGAUAAACAAAAAGUAAAUCUUUGUACCAGUUUCCAUUUCCGUAGCAUGUUUUAUUUCGAAAAUACAGCAAUUUUUGAACUUCCGAGUUUUCACAGUGCGUGACACCAAAACGGGAAUGCUGUCUCGUUAAAAAAAGUCUCUCCUCUUGAUAUUCAGCAAUAUAACCACUUCAAGUAUUAGAAGAUAUGUUUAUGCGUACGUAAGCUAGUUCUCGAGUGAAAAGAAAGAGCUUUUAUAGAAAAAGUAAACUCCAGAUAGUUUUAUUGAUUUCCGGCGGCCAUAUUGGUGCACCAAAACGGUGCACCAAUAUGACGUCUUCAUACAAACCUCUACAAAGGUGCGUGAAACGUUUCGCCAAAUAACUCAGAAACAAUGGGCCACAAAGACCUGAGACUUGGACAAAUUGUUUAUAUAUUAGUCUUUUAUAACAUUUCAUUUCCUUGGUUUCUUCCACUAGACGGUUUCCAAUUUAACUUUUUGUUGCGUGACAGUGAAAACGAUCUAUAAGCCCCUCCAAAUAUAAGCCCUCAAACCGCUAACGCAAAAAACCCUCCAUUAAAUCGCCCCUCCAAAUAUUACCCCGGGGGCUUGUACCUGGAAAAUUGCCCUCAAAUACAAAGUAAAACAAAGCAGAAAUGGUGAAUUUCCUUCCAGCUAUAAGGUUAGCCCAAUCGAUUUUGAAACGCAAAUUUCCCUCCGUAGUUAAUAUAAGCCCCUCCGAAUAUAAGCCGCUCCAAAACUAAGCCCCUCAAAAAGGGCCUUUGUAAAAUAUAAGCCCCGGGGCUUAAUUUUAGGAAUUUUACGGUAGGGUACUAUUUAAUUGCCCGAUAUUUUCGUUAGACAAUACUAUCCUUUGUCUGGGGCUGCAAAAAAGCAAAAAUAAAUUGUUAUAAAUAAGCGGUUGAAAAAAACAACAACGAACAGUCGCUAUUUCGCUUCUUCCAUGAGUUAUUGGAAGAAAAGAAAAGAAAAUCAAAAGUACGAAUAACAAGAAUCUGUGUGUCGAGAAUUUAUUUGCUGGGAUAAAAACAUAUUAUAUUAACAUAAAAAGCAGCCAGCAGGUGUUUAAAAUGGUUAGGGCCGCUUUAUUAAAGGAAGACAAAUUGAGGUGAUAAUCGAAAUUGGUAAAAAAAUAUUGUUGCCAUAGUGAAUAUCUUUACUCUAUACUCAAGCAUUAUUGAUAGUUAUGGGGUUUCGUUCACUUAAACGAAACGUGUGUCCUUAUAGAUAUCGUUAUUUUGCUUUAGUAAAGGAUGAGUUGGACAAUUAAAAAUACGAAUAAAAUAACAAGAAUCUAUAUGUGUCGUGAAUUUUUAUAUACUGGGCUAUAAAAGAUAUAUUGACAUAAAAAGAAGUCGGCAGAUGUUUAAAAUAAUUAGGAACGCUCGUUUUAAAAAAAAGACAUGAGCUAUAAUCAAAACUAUUCUAAAGAAAAUUUUUCUUAGUUGCAAGUUAGAGUGGAUAUCUGUAUUUUAUACCUAAUUAUUAUUGAUAGUUAUGGGGCUCACUCAAUCGAAACCUAUCUCAACCGACCCGAAAAUUAUAAACAAACCAGUUUGACAUGUUUGGACUGUUAAGACUUCCUUUCUACAAGCCCCGAAACUCUAUGCACACGUCUGUCAAAGCUGGCAGCGCACGAUUAGCAAUUUAAUUCAUUAACUUUGGUGUUGAAGUACAUAACAAGUAUCGCCCAGUCGACUGUUUACUAAACGAGAUGUCGUUAUCAAGUUUUCAACAGUGCGCGUUUUGCUUUUCAUAACAUACCCAAAAACUAAAGGCUCUUCCUAAGUUUCUUUUUCCAGCUAUCUCAAUAGGGUUAAUAACUCACAAGUAUUACGUUCUGCGAGGAAAAUUCUGAUGACUCAAACAUAUUAGAAUGCAGCUUAAUGUGUUGAAUUGGCCGAAUUGCUGGAACUUACAGCCAUGGUAAUGAAGAAAACGUCAUACAGACUUUUUGCACCGACAACAUAUUAAGACCUAAAAAGUCAUUAAAAUGGCCCGUACGUCAGUUUCACCUGGCUCAUUAUAGUUCGACUAAUGUUUGUUUGAAAAACUAGACAACUUUGCUGAAUCCUUUUCAGGCCUUGUGUGGUACGACUAAAAACAGAAUUAAUUUUUUUCCUCAAAAGUUUGUAGAAAAAGUUAAUAAAAAUUAAAACAAGGAGAAUUGACAAAGGUCAUUAUUGCACAUCCAUAACAGACAACAAAAUUACCGCAGCCCACACAGUUUGACGUGUUUGCUGACUGUCAACACUUCCUUUACUACUGAAAACUCAUUAAAAUCGUCAAGGAGUUAGUUUCAACAGGCUCAUUAAAGUUCGGUGUCAGCUUGAAACACUUCAUUGUUUUUGCUAAACCCUGACUACGACUUUUAAAAACAAAAUAAAACUCGGGCGCGAUCCAUUCAACCAAAAUUCCAACCGGUCCGACGAGAAAAUUGGUCCACCUCAAAAGGUAAACCCGUUUUUUCGAAACUUUUCCGGUUGGACCGAAACGAAACGAAACGUGGAUCAUGCAUCAUUCAUCAUUCUUCACCGAAGCAACCUUAAUUGAAAUAGAUGGAUAAAUAAAGCCCUCACUUCACGGCUCAGCUUCGCAGAGGAAUAUGGCACUGACAAAUUUUACCGAAUAUGAAAACAAUAAAACAGUCAGUGAACUGUACUGCUCGGUGGAAUUAAUCAGAGGUGUAGAUGGCGAACUUAUCCUUCUCUCAUCUCUAAAUAUUUUUCUGUCCAUUGCAGCAUUUUUGGGGAACACUCUGAUCCUAGUGGCCCUGCACAAGGAAACUUCAAUUCAUCCGCCGUCCAAACUCCUGUAUCGUAACCUAGCGAUAACUGAUCUCUGUGUUGGUAUCAUUGCGGAGCCUUCGUAUGGGACUUACUUUACUUUUGUUGUGAAAAAAAGAUGGGAUAUUUGCUAUCACGCAAAUUGGGCAGCAACUAUCUCAGGUUAUAUUUUGUGUUCAGUAUCUUUAUUAACAUUGACUGCAAUAAGUGUGGACAGACUUCUCGCCUUGUUACUGGGGCUCAGAUACAGACAAGUUGUAACUUUGAGAAGAACGUUUAUAACUGUGAUUGCUUUAUGGAUUUUGUGCAUCGUUGGUGCCUGCACUUAUUUUUCGAAUCCUCUUAUAACUUCAUGGUGUGCAUACAUAAAUAUAGCUCUGUGUCUAGUCACCACAAUCUUCGCUUACACAAAAAUUUUCCUCACUCUACGUCACAACCAAAUUCACGUUAACCCUGCUCAGAGCCAUGUUUUUCCAGGACAACCAAGCCGAGCAAUUCCACUUAACAUAGCUCGAUACAGAAAGGCAGUGAACAGUGCACUGUGGGUACAGGUAACAUUGAUUGUUUGUUAUCUGCCGUUUGGUAUAGCGGUCGCUUUGACACCUCAGAGAGGGAUGCCUUUAUCGAACUACCUUGCUCGAAAUUAUGCGGCUACCAUCGUUUACUUAAACUCAUCUUUAAACCCCUUUCUGUACUGUUGGAAGAUGAGGCAAGUGAGGCAGGCUGUGAAAGAAACACUAAGGCAACUCAUGAUCAUCUGUUGA